UCAUUUUCUACUUUCAUUAUUUUGAUGAGUUUCUUUUACCUUCCAGUGUUAUUCAUUUACUAAUUAUGCUAUCUGAUGAUGGAAGCAAUGCAAUCUCAUUGUCUUUUAAAUGAUAUGCUUCAUUUAAAAGGAGAUUUUAUGAUGACUUCAUUGUCGAAUGUUUCUAAACGUGAUAAGAAUGGUAUAAUCUCUGCAUCAUUGCUUGCUGGUCCAAAAAUGUCCGGAAAAACUAGUUUAUUAUUUGAAAUGGCGUUUCAUUUUGCAGAAAACGGCGAGUACGUGCUCUUCAUAGCAUCGAAAAGUUAUACUAAACUACCUUUCUUCGUAAACGGACGAGAACAGCCAAGCUCUGCUGUGUUGAAACGGAUAAAAAUUAUGUAUUUAACAAAUUACGACGAUUUGAUAAAGUAUUUUGCAAAUAUUCCUUUAUCGAAAGAAACGACUGAUGAGAUAGCUAAUCCUUGCAGACACAUUUUGGUGGAUGAUUUUGACAAGUAUUUUCAAAAUAAUGGAGGCCGCUUUGAAGAUAUUAAGAAGUUAUCUAAAUGCAUAUCUUACAUGGUAGACGCGUUGAGCUUUUGGAAAAAUAGUGAAAAGGCCAUGUCUUCUAUCCUACUUGUUGAAAAUACUUGUGAAAAUGUUUUGGACCAUGAAAAGUUAAGUUUCUAUAAGCAUUGGAUAAGAGAAUAUUUAUUUAUACAACCUUCAUUGGGAUCAUUAUUUCAAAUACAAUCAAUGGAACUUGAACAUUCUAACGAAUGUUUCUCUUUGUCAAAUAAAUUUUUAUUACAUUGAUGGAAAUUCAAUCAAGCUGCACUUUGGCGAUUUGCCUCAGUGAAAAGGAUGAAUGAAAAAUAAUGUUAGGGGUGAUGCAGGAACCUUUUUUUAAGCCAAAGUCAUUGUUGUAUUUGCCUCAAUUUCGUUUCACGUUUUUCAAAAGUAAAAGUUUUAAUGAGAUGCAAUUUUGCAUGUGUUAUAAGUCAUAUAUAUUAUGCGUAUUCUUGACAUGUACAAACGUCUACAUUAUAAGGCAGGUGCUUCGGUGAACAAUUAAGUUUAUUGCAAAUUAUAGCACGAAGCUUUAAGAUGAUUCGCUGUGGAUGCAUUUGUUUAAAGUCAGCAACAUAUUGUAACUAUGUACCUCAACAAAUGUUCAACUUAUGGAUAACUUA